UUUUCCAAGCCAUGAAUGACUAUGGAGUAUUCCAAACAGACGUAACAACAUACAGCAUUGAGGAGCUGGUAGCAGUUACAUCUGAAUGCACCCCAAAAAACACAGACACGUUUGUGGCUAUAUUUUCCUUGCUUUCUGGGCAGAUAGUGCAUCUCUGUGAGCAAGCAGCCUCCAUUCUGAACUGUAAGAAGAAAUUUUUGGACUCCUCCCAGUUUGUGGAGCUGCUGGCCCCUCAAGAUAUCAGUGUGUUCUACACACACACUACCCAGUCCCACCUCCCACUCUGGAACAUGGAAACGCAAGCAGUCCUGAAGUUUGCAGGCCAGCCUUCAUUUGAGCAUUCGCCCAUCAGAUUUUGUACUCAGAAUGGAGAUUAUGUUAUGUUGGAUACCAGCUGGUGCAGCUUUGUGAACCCCUGGAGCAGGAAAGUCGUGUUCAUCAUUGGCCGGCACAAAGUCCGAACGAGCCCUCUGAAUGAAGAUGUUUUUGCUGCAAGAAGCAAAGAGAUGAGCAGUGUCAAUAAAGAGAUAAGAGAAUUGCAAGGACAAAUAUACAAGCUUCUCCUGCAGCCAGUUCAUAGCAAUGAUUCUAGUGGUUAUGGAAGACUUGGUAGCAAUGGGUCUUACGAACAUUACAUCAGCAUAGCGUCCUCUAGUGACUCCAGUGGGAAUUGUGCUGAGGAAAUACAGCAGAACUAGUAAGUCUAUCAAUAUGACAUUGCCCAGAUGACAUUGCAGCAGGUCUGUGCCAAUGUGAACUGAAUAAAGAAUUUGGGUCAACAGCUGCAUACUAAAUCACAGAGCAAACUGCAGAACAGAAAGGAUCCAGUCCUAGAUACUGUACUGCAGGGAGGCAACCAGAACACUGCUUCGUAUAUUCUCCAGGCACUGAGAAGUAACAUCACUGAAGGCCCAGAGAGUUCAUCCUGUGAUGAUUCAAGGAAGAUACAACAUGUUCUAGCCUACCAGCAGGUCAGCUGUGAGGACAGUAUCAUCAUGUGGGGGAGCAAACCCCAGGAUGCCAGGCCAAAGAGUUACUUGUUUUCCUUCUCUUUUGUAGAAGUGACUGCAAUAGAAGAUGCCACUGUAGAGUAUGAACAAAUUGAGCUGCCUCCUCUGAAUGCUCAGAGUCCCACUGUGGUUCUUGAAUUUAAGCAAGUUGGACUAACAAAGGAGGUUUUGUCAGCCCACACUCUGAAAGAGGAGCAGAACUACAUUGACGGGCUCCACCAGAGGAUAUUGUCAUCUCUGUAUAGGUCCUAUCUCUAUCAAGGGAGCAGAAGCAACAGUGGAUUUUCCUAUGGUCAAGGAGACUCCUCUUCAAAGCAGACCAGCCCAGUUAGCUGUAGAAGAGGCAAAUGUGGGAAACUCAAGUGCCAGAAACCACUAGAGCCCUCAUACAGGCAUUCAUCUAAUAGAAAUGAUCUUCCACACAAGAAGAGAACAGCUUCUGGGAAACAGUUCUGCUCUCCCUCUAAAGCAGUGGUUCCCAAACUUGUUCCGCCACUUGUGCAGGGAAAGCCCCUGGCGGGGCAGGCCGGUUUGUUUACCUGCCGUUUCCCCAGAUAUACUCAGAUACCUCAGCCUUUCUUUCUUGCUCAGUAUGCUUGCUCCUCCUCUUUAAAUCCAUGCUCCACAAUGCCCCCAGGCCCUCUCUUCAGUAUACCAUCAAACCCUGUGGCGCAGCCCUCUCCAAUAUCUACACCCAUGUCUGUUGAAGAGCAGCAAGAGACCCAGAGUGAUCAGCCACCACAGUUCAGUAGCUUCAGUUGA